AUGCGUUUGCUUGCGAGCGUUGUAGCAGCGCACAGCCGCCUUGCUAAAAUACCGAAAACAGCUGCACCGCUCAGCACGAGACGCUGCCUGCCGUCCCCAGCGGUCGGUUUUUUGGUCCGUCCAAUGUGUAGUGCUGUCCCGGUGGCAAAAGAACGCCAACUGAAGAUCGGUGAAUGUUCCGUGUAUUUUAUUGAAGCUGGUCAUGGAAGCCAGGGUGUUAUAUUGUUGCCCGGAGCACUCGGUACAGCUUGGACGGAUUUCAAACCUCAAAUCGAGAGGUUGCCAGUGCUGCUUCCACAUCACCGUGUAAUUGCCUGGGACCCUCCCGGUUACGGCAAAUCUCGUCCCCCGGAGAAACAGUUUACGCUGGAUUUCUAUGAACGAGACGCCAUAGCUGCAGGGGAGCUCAUGCGAAAGCUUGGUUUCGAGCGCUACAGUGUCGUCGGUUGGAGUGAUGGCGGUAUUACUGGCCUAGUACUGGCUGCCAAACAACCCGACCGAGUGGAAAAACUGAUAAUAUGGGGAUCAAACUCGUACAUAUCUGACACAGAGGCCAAAAUUUACGAAGAUAUACGUGAUGUCAGCAGGUGGUCCGCAAAAAUGCGUGAACCAAUGGAACAAGUAUACGAGGUAGACCAUUUCCCUAAACUUUGGUCGGCAUGGGUCGAUGGAUUGUUACGGAUUUAUCAUGAGCGCAAAGGGGACAUCUGUUCCGGUAUUCUAAAGCAUAUCAAAGCUCCGACGCUGGUCGUUCACGGUGCAAAGGAUCCAAUGAUAAUUCCAGAUCAUGUCCCAUAUCUGCUGAACAACAUCAAGAAUACAGAUCUGCACGUUUUUCCCGAUGGUAAACACAACAUUCAUCUCCGUUACGCUGAUGAAUUUAAUGCUAUCGUAGCUAAAUUUGUGCUCGGGGAAACUAAAUGAUUUUUGUGGCUGUUGGCAGAGAUUUUAUGACUGUUUUGUUUGUUUGAAGUUUUAAUUUCUUUCUCCACUGAAAACAU